AUGGAUGGCGGCAACAACUCUGAUUGGUUGGGGCCUGGAGAUGACGAGUUUUACGAGGAGCAAGCGAAUAUGUCGGAUGAGGAGCUGGAUACGCUGCUGACGCCGGUCGCUGCAUGUCAGCCGUCUAAGUUGCCGGGAUACAACAACUCCGUCGACCUUAACGGCAAGGGCCUCCUCCUGCAUUGGAUGCACGUCUCCCCUCAACUAAUGCAAAUGGCCGUGGUGGCGAAGCCGGGAAGCGAAGCCGCAGCAGCAGGGUGGAUCUCCGUGGGAUGGUCCCUGGAAGGGCACAUGGUCCCUGCUGACGCUAUUAUCGGGGGUGCUGCAGUACCCCCUUCGGCCCCGCAGGGUGAUUUACCCUUGGUGGCUCCGCCGGGUGGUUUACCCGCGGAAACGGUUCUGCCGUUUUACAUCACGGGGUACGGGAUGGAUGGUCUGGAGCGGACGAACGGGCUGAACUACAACGAGAGGGAGUGGAACUGGACCAGGAGCAAGGAUGGAGGCGUGAUUAUGAGGUUCACCCGCAGCGCGGAGCUAGACGGAUUCAUGCCCGUGCAGCCUCUGGCCGUCAACCACAUGAUCUGGGCCUUUGCCCCCAACGCAUCGCGACAGCUGGCGUACCACGGGCGCCACAAGUGA